AUGACUGAUGCAAACACUGACUUUUGGAAAGACACUUGGUAUGGCUUUGAUCGAUUCACUGGCCAUGUAUAUGGAAAGGAUGUUGCAGAGGACUUUGUAUUCCAGGUGCGUGUAAAUGCCCAGUUCAAAGAAUUGUACGACCAAGCUGGCAUCAUGAUCGUCAUUGACAAGUCCACGUGGGUCAAAACAGGUAUCGAGCACAACGAUGGUCAUCCCUCCAUCGGAAGUGUUCUAACAGUCGGUCAGUCAGACUGGGCAACUGCACCCUACUCUGGCGAUGCCAAUCGGUUCUGGAUGCGAGUUACAGUGACCAAUGGUUGUCUUCGUAUUCAAUUCUCUACAGACGGUGCAACAUGGCCCUUACUCAGACUGUGUCCAUUCCCCAAGUCAACAUCAUACUUUGUCGGUGCCUAUUUCUGUAGUCCUUCUCGAGCUGGACUAUCCGCAACCUUCUCCGACUUCAAGUUUAGUUCUCCACAUGCCGAAAACAAGCACUUGCAUGAUCUGUCAUAA